CACUUCCUCUCUUGUCGCAGCUCUCCUACUCUCCUCACUUUUCUUGCUAAGCCUUCCUUCCCUCGCACACUUUACAAAAAAAACAACUUUUUAACUUUUUUGUGUUUGGAAAAAAAAAAGCGGCCUUUUCCUUGAACUUGUCCUGCACUUUUGCAGCAUCAAGUUGAUCGUGACGGAUGGAACUGUGCAUGUGAUGGAGUAAUUCCUGUACCAAAAGAGCCAAAGCAAUGCAGUGAGUCGAUGAGACACAACAAAGAGGUACAAUGAAAGACGACUUUGGGGAAGAGGAGGAGGUGCAGUCUUUUGGCUACAAGAGGUUCGGAAUCCAGGAAGGUUCCGAGUGCACAAAGUGUAAAAAUGACUGGGCUCUGCGCGGCGCCAUCGCGCUGCUCUACGUGCUCUGCGCCCUGCUCACAAUCGCCGUGGCCAUCCUCGGUUACAAAGUGGUCCAGAGAAUGGACAACGUCGCCGAAGGAAUGCAGAAAUAUGGCGGUAAAAUCAACGCUGUGGAGACCGACUUAAAGAAACUUGACUACCAGACGGGUGAGAAGUCGGUCAACGCCACCAGUGACAUUAAGACAUUUAAAUCGGAUCUCGAGGCCCUGCAGAGCCAGCUGAACGAUAUCGACAUCAGGUCCACCCAGAACAGGGACGUGCUGAGUGAACUUCACCUGACGGGCGACAACACGCAGGACAGCCAAAUCUCCUUGCAGAGUUUGCUAAAGGGCAACGCCGCCUCGCUGCGCAGCGUCAACCAGACGUUGACGUCCUACGGCGGCGUGAUCGGUGACCUGCAGACCGACACGGCCAGACUCCAGUCCGAGAUCCAGGGUCAGUUCAAAGAGCAGGGUCAGUCUCAGGUCAGUAUCAGCGCGCUGAACAUCACGCAAGCCCAGCAGCGCAAUGCGCUAAGCUCGCUGCAGAAGACGGUGGAGGACGCGGGGCAGACGGUGCAAAAACUCAAGAAUGACUAUCAGACGCUACAGCAGACAGCCAGACAAACCCGUGCGGACACGGUCUGGCUCAAAGAGAAAGUCCAGAAUCUUCAGAUUAUGGCAGCAAACAACUCGGCGUCGACGCGGUCCAACGGCGAAGCCUUGGAUGAUUUGGGGGCUCAGCUUAGCACGCUAGCGAGCCAGAUCCAGAACACCUCCAUCCUCACGGAAGGACACGAUCAGAACUUGCGGGAACUCAUGGACCAUCAGAGAGACCACGAUAACGCCACCUCGUCCAAGUUCGAUGUGAUGGAAGCGCGCCUUGACAAGCACGAGAGCAACAUCGAUCGCGUGACGGGCAACGUGAGCUUCGCCGCGCAGCUCCUCGGCACCAUCAGCACGGAUCUCAACAGCCUGAGGUCGUGCGCCGAGACGGUGAUGCGCCACUCUGACGUCCUUGUGGACCUGAACAACAGCGUCGGCGAGGCCAAGGACGAGAGCAGAAACCUGCGCGCCCAGCAGGAUGAGCUGGUGGCUCGACUGGACAAAGAAGUCAACAGCUUGUCUUUGGUGAUGGAAGAGAUGAAACUGGUGGAUAGCAAGCACUCACAACUCAUCACCAACUUCACCAUCCUCCAGGGUCCACCAGGUCCAAGGGGCCCCAAGGGAGACAAAGGGCCCCAGGGCCCAGUAGGUCAGUCAGGCCGGAAAGGUGAUAAGGGUGAUAAGGGGGUACCAGGUAUGGUAGGAGUGAAAGGAGAGAAAGGUGCUCUUGGCCCACAAGGUGCAAUAGGUCCAAAGGGUCCACCUGGCCCGCGAGGCCUUCCUGGGGCUAAUGGAUCAAGAGGACCCGGGGGUCGACCUGGAACCCCCGGAGACAAAGGCGACCCUGGAUCUCAAGGUCUUCCAGGCAGAGAUGGACUAGCGGGUUUGCAAGGGCCGCAAGGACCACAGGGUCUCAGGGGUGCUGCGGGACCUGCUGGCUUAGAGGGGCCACGUGGGCCUGUUGGACCCAUCGGUCCUCCUGGUCCUCCAGGAUUACCUGCGCCGGUGCCUCCGACUGUUUUGAAGUUACCGAAGCCCACUGCAGCUCCUGAACCAACUGCUAAACUACCAAGCGUGGCAACAGAGCAGGCUCAAAUGCCACAGCUUGCCCCCACUUCAGAUCCUGGUUGUCCAGCAGAGUUUAGGCGGUUUGGAGACAGCUGCUAUUUCGUCUCUGCCGCCACUCUGAAGAUCAACUACGAUGAAGCCAGCACUUUUUGUUCCAACAUGGCAGCACAUUUGGUCAUUAUUAACAACAAUGAGGAACAGGUGUUUGUGAAGAACAUGGUCACAGGCAAGGGCUUCUUCUGGCUGGGUCUGACUGACAGGGAAGAAGAAAAUGUGUGGAAGUGGGCGGAUGGAAGCAUACCGGUUUUCAAGAAAUGGAAUCCGGGCCAGCCUGAUAACUGGACGCACGGUCACGUACACGGUGAGGACUGUGCCGGUCUCAUCCUAAACGGCAACUGGAAUGAUUUCUUCUGCACCGAGCGCUUGGGCUUCAUCUGUGAACAGACCGCCAGUGUGUCAACUCCGGUUUCGUAGCAUCAUCGUGGACUUGCGUGUGGAACAGUCAAGUUUGUGGGAGACAAAGAUGAAGAAGAGAGGACUUUGUUGCAAAAAUUGAGUUUCACUCUAUAAAGACUAAAAAGCACUUUUUGUGGUGCAAAAGACACACCUACACAGCCCAUCUUGGUCUGUAUUGAUGAGCGAAGACCUCGAGGAUGUGUAUCAUCUAAUUCAUUCGUCAAUGCAACCUCCUUAGUUGCUAAUCAUGUCGUUAAUCUUUUUUUAAUCCGAAGAUAUACAACAGACACUAUAACAGGAACCAGCCAUUUAAAAGGAAAGCUCAAUGUGAACUGUGCUGCUGUUUUAAUAGAAGAUUAUUUCCCCCCCUUAACGUGCCAGUACGUGAGGCACAAAGACACAAUAUGCAUUGUUAUACAGUAUAUAUAUUUUUACAAGAUGAUUCAUUUACCAAAUACCAAAUGUAGCAUGUCGGGCGCUUAUUAAAUACAUAAUUAGUUUUAUAUAUAUAUAAUUGAUAUUUGCCAAUUUGUGUAUUAUUCAGGGAAUACUGUAGUUAAAUUAGCGCCCUUGAAAAUAACAAUUCACAACAUUCACUGCAAUAAAAUGUUUUUAUGGCUCAUCAACUUGAUUAGACUGGUUGCUACAACUGCACAGAUUCACAAAAAAUAGACACGAACAACAUUUUUUUUUUCUUGUGCAUUUUCACAUUCUUG